AUGAAAGAACAAAAAAAAAUAAAUGACCUAUCAUAUAUACAAUUGAAAGAACCUCUAAGUGGUCAUAAUAAUAUACUAAAUAACGAUAUACCUGAUGAAAAUAUAAAAGAAAAGAAAAAAGAUGAAAGAAAAAUAAAGAAACAUUCUUAUGAUAAUAUAUCUGAUAGUACAAAUCUUUCAACCAAUAAAUAUUAUAUUAACGAUUCAUAUAAAAAGGAAAAAAAAGAAAAUGAUAAGAUACAUAAAAUUAUUAGACAUAAAAUAGGUAUUAUAUUUGAAAGGAUAAAAAAAAAAAAAGAGAAAGAGAAAAAAGAAAACUACACACAAGUUGAUAAUUGUAAUUAUAAUGAAUAUUUUAAUUAUUUGUCUAAUCAUGAAAAUAUCAAUAUGAAGAAUUUAAAUAAUAAUAAUAUUAAAAAUAUCUAUGAUAAUACAAAAAAUAAAUCAACAAAGAAAAAAUAUAAAACUACUGAUCAUAAUACGAUUCAUCUAAACAAAAGUUAUGAAAAUAAAAUGUUUUUAUAUAAUAUUAAAAAUAUAUUAAAUUUAAAUAAUGAUGAUAUAAAUAACUUAAUCGAAAUAUCCAAUUUUAUUAUAGACAUAGAUAUUAAUACUUUUUAUAACACAUAUAUAAAACAUAAUAGUAAUUGUAAUAAUAUCAAUAUAUUAAAUUACAAUCUAAAUCAUAAUAAAAAUAUAUAUGAUAUAAAAGAAUAUAUCAAAGGAAAAAAUGUAAAGGUUAUAAAAUAUAAACAAAAUUUGUCUCUAUAUCUUGGAGUUAGUGUAUGUGAUAUAUCUAUAUCUGAGUCUUCUUAUUUUUUAUAUAAUAAAAAUAUAAAAUAUAAAUAUAUUCACAGUCACAAUCAUAGUCAUAGUCAUACUCACAAUCAUAUUGAUAGCCAUCAUUUAAAAAAUAAAAAUUAUUAUAAUAACAAAUUAAAUGAAAAAUAUCCUGAAGGAUAUACAGAAAUAAAUAAACAACUAUAUCAUCAAUGUCAUUAUAAUGAAACACCUAUCAUAAAAAAUAAACUACAAAAAGACAACAAACAAUAUCAUAUAAAAAAGGAAAUAUAUAAAGAAAAUCAUCAAAGUAAAUGUUUCAAAGAAGAUUAUCCAGAUUAUUAUUAUCAUAAAAAAAAAAGAUAUAUAUACAAUAUGGAUGAUUAUUCUAUAAAUACAAAUUUAUAUAAAUAUAUGAAAAAAAAAAAAAAUUAUAAACAUAAUAUGGUUAAUCAAAAUAAAUAUAAAAGUACAAUUAUUAAUUUUUUUAAGCAUAAAUUUUUAAAAAUAAAAAAAAAAAAAAAAGAAAAGAAAAAAAUACCUAAAACAACAAAUGAUGAAACAAUAUAUAUUCAUAAAAAUAUAGAACAACAGGGAAAUUAUAAAAAUGAAAAUUGCAAUAUAUAUACAAACCAUAAUAUAAAUUAUGAAAUAAAACAUGACAACAAUA